ACGAUUAGUACAUUAUACAAGUGCUGCUAUUCCUGAUCGAGUGUUGUUCCUUAUUCAAACUCCAUGAAAGUUUAUCAUGUGGCAGACAUCAGUUCAAUGGAUUUUCUUUUUCUGCAUCAUUUCAGCUGUUUGGGCUAAUCCACGGCCAUCAGAGUCGUCGGAAGAGAAUCUUCUUGACAAUGACGAAGACGUCGUCAAUCACAUUGAUAGCCAUGACAACGACAUCGUUCAGAACAGCGUCAAUGUUUGUGUGCUGCCUCCCAUCAGCCAAUCGCCGUACCAACGACGUUGCAGCGGAUUCAUUCCGCGAUGGUAUUACGACACAAAAACGGGCGUUUGCAAGAAAUUCUUCUGGGAGGGCUGCUGGAGCACUGGCAAUUUAUUCCGAAAUGAAUUCGCCUGUCUGGCUAGAUGCAACAAACAAGGAUUGCAGAAAUUGAUCAACGAAAGCGACCCGACAGCUCCGUGCUUGCAACCGAAAGCCGUUGGCAAUUGUCACGCCUCGAUUUUGAGCUUCUUUUUCGACACGCAAACUGGGAAAUGCACGUCUUUCGUGUAUUCAGGUUGCGGUGGCAAUGCAAACAACUUCCAAUCGUACCACCAAUGCGAUUUCAAGUGCAAUCGGUUAGAGCAAGCACCGCUCACGCUACCGCAUUUAGCCGAUUCGACCACCAUUAGUGCCACCGCUACUGCUCCAGAGAAAGCCGUCCAGCUGACGAAACGAGAGAAAUGCAACUUGCCUCCUGUUCAACCGGGCAGUGCGAGUUGUUUGGCUUUCGUUCCGUCGUGGACUUUCAAUUCGACUGUUGGCCAAUGCCAGAGUUACGUGUACGAAGGCUGCGGUAGAACGGCUAACCUGUUCAACUCGCUGGACGAAUGCGAUACAGCGUGUGGUCCUGAACCCAUCGUUCAAACGAGCAGUUUGCCUUUGUGUUUGCAACCGAAAGUCGUUGGGCAUUGUCGGGGAGCCUUCCCGAUGUUCUUUUACGACGCCACGACGGGGAAAUGCACGCGGUUCAUUUACGGCGGAUGUAAAGGCAAUGACAAUCGAUUCGUCACGGAAGAGGCCUGUAAACUGGCAUGUCCAGGCUCGAACGAUUGGGUAGUUUCCGAUCAGCUUUCGGUUUCUGGCGAAUCGCAAGAGACUUAUUAUAAGUUGUUCUCAGUCGAGAAACAGCAACAGAAGCUUGAAACGUUUGCAAAAGAUUCAUUGAACAUCAUCAUGUUGAGACAGUGUAGUCAACUUGUGCUUCUCGUCUGCGUGAUGGCCGUUGGAGCUAUGCCUCAAGGUCAAACAACUACAGGUGGAGCGAACGUUGUUGUGCAACUAACGAAGCAGCAAAGGUGCAGCUUACCUCCGGUCGAACCUUCCAAUUUUAGUUGCUUCGCUUUUAUUCCAUCCUGGACAUUUAAUUCAACCACUGGAGUAUGUGAUAGUUUUGUGUAUGGAGGUUGUGGUGGAACGGCCAAUCUAUUCGAAACGCUGGCCCAAUGCAACGCGAUCUGUGGGCCCGAACCCACUGGCCCAGUGAUUUCUGCUUCUGUGUGUUUGCAACCAAAAGUCAUCGGACCUUGUCGUGCGUCCAUUCCAAGUUUCUUCUUCGAUGCAACAACUAGAGCAUGCACGCCUUUUAACUACGGCGGGUGUCGGGGCAAUGAUAACAGGUUUGCAUCGGAACGUGCCUGCAGAUUAGCUUGCUCUUGCUCGGAUUUCGAUUCGGAAGAGAACCAAUAAGAAUUGACUAAACACAAGCAACUGCACAACCAUAAACUCCCAUGUCCCUUGCAGAAUUCCAUGUCAAAUUUAUAUUUUUUCUGAUAUAGUACUGCAAUUAUUCUUAGUAUGUUACUCUUUAUUGUACUCCAACUUAAUUACUGCUCGGUGUAAUUUGUAUAUAAAAGAUAUCGCCCUGCA